AUGUCAGGCGUCGGAGGCGGCUACGGACGGGGUGGCUCCGUCGACUACUACGCCGUGCCCGACUACAACACCGCUUACUCCAUCAAGGACGGCUACUCCGGUGUGGACAUCGAUUCCCAGGAGAACCGACAUGGUCAACAGACCGAGGGUUCCUACUCUGCCCAGCUGCCCGACGGCCGAAGACAACAGGUCACCUACUGGGUGGACGGCGACUCGGGCUACAACGCUGACGUCAAGUACUACGGCGUGGCCAAACACCCGCAGACCCCCGUCAACAGCUAUGGAGGCGGCUUCAGGUCUGGCUCCAGGAGCCUGGCGACGACGGACGCGGGGCUGCAGGGCGUCGGAGGCGGCUACGGACGGGGUGGCUCCGUCGACUACUACGCCGUGCCCGACUACAACACCGCUUACUCCAUCAAGGACGGCUACUCCGGUGUGGACAUCGAUUCCCAGGAGAACCGACAUGGUCAACAGACCGAGGGUUCCUACUCUGCCCAGCUGCCCGACGGCCGAAGACAACAGGUCACCUACUGGGUGGACGGCGACUCGGGCUACAACGCUGACGUCCAGUACUACGGCGUGGCCAAACACCCGCAGACCCCCGUCAACAGCUAUGGAGGCGGCUUCAGGUCUGGCUCCCUGAGCCUGCUGCAGGUGGCCGAUUGUCCGGUCUAG